GCGGUACGCGAGCUCCGUGUUCCGAUGGUGUAGUGACAGAGCCUAGCCUGGAGUUCCUCUGCGCCGAUGGUGAAGAGCAGCUGCGGCGGAGACGGGCGGAGAAGAAGCCGCAGAAGGCUGGGGACUGCUAAUUUGGAAUCUGCCCCUUUGAUGAAUUCACUUUAAGUUAAUUUCCGGGUUUGAUAAACCUAGAGGAGGAGGAAGGGGGGGUGGGGGGAUAGGAAAGAUGGCGGCCGCGGCCUCACCGGGCUCGGGCUCGUCCGCCUCCUCGGACUGGAUUGUAGUGAGAGACGGGUGCCUGCGUUGCGACGAGGAGGGCCUGCGAAGUCUGUCCUACCACCCGGCCCUCAACGCUAUCUUAGCCGUUACCAGCCAGGGGAGCAUUAAGGUGAUCGACGGGACUUCGGGGGCCAUUCUCCAGGCUUCAGCGCUUCACGCUAAACCAGGCGGCCGGGUCAGGUGCCAGUACUUUCCUGCUGUUGACAAAGUGCUUUUUGUGGACGACUACGCCGUAGGGUGCAGGAAGGACUUGAACGGCAUUCUGCUCCUGGACACGGCCCUACAGCCACCAGUCGCCAAGCCGGAGGACACGGUUCAGCUGGAGCUGCCGGUCACCGAGGCCCAGCAGAUGCUGUCAGCUUGUCAGGAGAAGAUCGAUGUGUCCAGCACUGAGGGCUACGAGCAGUUUAUCAGCCAGCUUAAAGAGGGGCUGAAGAACACGUCACAUGAGACGGCGGCCAAUCACAAAGUAGCCAAGUGGGCUACCGUCACCUUCCACCUCCCUCACCAUGUGCUAAAGCUUGUGGCCGGCGCCAUUGUCAGCGAGCUGAAGAAGAUCAACCAGAACGUAGCUGCCUUGUCUGUAGCCUCCUCCAUCAUGGACAGGCUCUCCUACCUCCUGUCCAGCGCCAGGCCGGAGCUGGGGGUGGGCCCUGGUCGCUCUGUGGACAGAUCCCUGAUGUACAGUGAGGCUAACAGGCGGGAGACGUUUACAUCGUGGCCACAUGCCGGCUACCGAUGGGCUCAGCCUGACCCCAUGGCUCAAGCUGGGUUCUAUCACCAGCCUGCCUCCACUGGGGAUGACAGGGCGAUGUGUUUCACCUGCAGCGUGUGCCUGGUCUGUUGGGAACCUACGGAUGAGCCAUGGUCUGAACACGAGAGACAUUCUCCCAACUGCCCCUUUGUGAAGGGCGAGCACACGCAGAACGUCCCUCUGUCGGUCACGCUGGCCACCAGCCCUGCUCAGUUCCCCAACGGUCCUGACAGCUCGGACAAAAUCGCCUGCUACGGCUUCGGCAGCUGCCCGCAGUUCGUGGCCGCCGCCACCAGGAGGGGCAAGAUCUGUAUCUGGGAUGUGUCCAAAAUGAUGAAGGUGCACCUGAAGUUUGACGUGAAUCCGUACGAUCCAGCCAUCCUCAGGCAGCUGAUUCUGAGCGGCGGAGAGCCGGGCCAGCAGCCGCUGACCGAGUCCAGAAGGCCGACUCUCACCUGGCUGGAGGAGUCCUCUUCCUGCUCUGACCUACCCAAGCUGGAGGGAGACAGUGAUGACCAGCUGGAGGACUCUGACAGCGAGGAGCCUUCACGCUCCGAGUCCAUAACGGGUCAGCCUUCCCAGUGGGAGAGCAUGGACCUGAGCCUCAGCGUGACGGCGCUCAGCGUGCUGCAGCAGCCGGAGAAGCUUCAGUGGGAAGUGGUUGCCAGUGUCCUGGAGGACACCGUCAAAGACUUGGAGGAGCUGGGAGCCAACCCCUCCUUAAACCAAACCAAGGCGCACAGCCAGGCCAAACCAAAAGACAAGGUGCCUGACCACCACAACAUUCCCUUUCCCUGCUUGCUAGCGGGAGGCCUGCUCAGCUACCGCUCAGCCUCCAUCGCCCCCGCGGCCGCCGCUCCACCGGCCUCCACAUCGACACGCAGGACCACCGACGGCCCGCUAAGGACUCAGGCUGCUGAGCCGCUGGCUGCACCUCCACAGGAACACGGUCCAAUGGAGAUAGAUCCCUGCCACCCCCAGACUGGUGCCCAUGAGCAAGGCUUCUCUAACUUGGCUGGUUCUAAGCUGCUGAGUCCCUCCUCUCUGCCUGCCGUGCGCAGGACCGUCCCUGUGCUGCUGCUCUAUAGCAUUAGAGAGGUUGAUGACAAAUCCUCCGGGCAGGUGUUUGCUCAGAUGAACAGUUUGAUGAGCAAAGGUCUCCAGGAGGAAGGCUUCACUGUGCCACAGAUAAUUGAGAUGGAGUUCGAUACCCACGAGCAGCUGCUUCUUCAGGAUCCUCCCAUCACUUACAUUCAGCAGUUCGCCGACGCCACUAAUCUGGGCGGGAUAGACGGACACGAUAAAUGGAGCACGUUGGCAGCGGCGUCCAACCCCCCCCGCCCUGGAACGCUGGUGCAGUGCUUAAGGCUGCCCAAGCAGCUGGAAGAGGAGAGCCUGUUUGUGGACUCCAUCACGCCGUGCUGGGAUGGCGUCCACCUGCUGGUGGGGCUGAAGCCUUGCAGCUUGGAGUCGCUCAGCGCCUCCAACCAAGUGGAGGCUCUGAACAACCUGAACCGCCUCCACUCAGCGCUCUGCAGCCAGCGAGAGGCAGACCCCCUCCGCCCGCUGGCCAAUGGGAUGGAAGGCCAUCACCCAGGGGGGUCCCCGCCUCAGACCCCCUUCAUUGUACCCCCAGGAAACCAGCAGCAGGAGAGGGCCCAGAGCCGUGGGGGGGGAGGGGGCUACCUCGCUCUGUACAAGUUCAACUACUCCACCCGCAUCGUCACCCUGGAAGAGGAGCCGGUUAAAGUCCAGCACAUCUGGGACCCCUGCGAUGCCAUAACCUCCCUGAUCCUGCUUCCCCCAGAUGUGCUGGACAGCAGAGAAGAUGAGAGCGAAGAGACCCCAGAAGAAGCUCUGCUCUCCGCUUCAAAGAACGGUUUGUCCGAGCCGGGAGUCGAGACCGCAUGUGAAGCGGCGCCAACCGGCAGCGCCGGUAACGUCUCCAGUCCCUCCACCUCUGCCUACGCCCACAGAGACUGCAAGAAGGCAGAGAUGGCGGGUCUAGGACACCUGGUUGUUACCACGCAGGCAGGCUUCAUCAUGAUUUUGGACCUGUCCACCUUGGAGGUUCUGGCCAAAGUGGAACCACCCAAAAAAGAGGGGUUAACCGAGGAGGCUGACCCGUUUGUCUCAGUGACCUACUGCUCUGGGACGGACCGCCUUUGUGCCUGCACUAAAGGUGGUGAACUUCAUUUCCUUCAAAUUGGAGGGGUUUGUGAGGAUGCAGAUGACGGAGAUAUGUUUAUAGAUGGAACCCUUUCUAAAGGGGGGGAGCCGCUGCUGGAGGGGGCCAAGCCCUCCUCCAACCCAUCCAGCCCUGGAAUCACAGGAGUGGAGCUCCUCGUGGACCAACCUCUGACCACGGAGAGUCUGGCGUCGCUGAUGGAGCUGACACGGUUUGAGACACUGACGCCGCGCUUCUCGGCCACCGUCCCGCCGUGCUGGGUGGAGGUGCAGCAGGAGCAGCAGCAGCGGCGCCAUCCGCAGCACCUCCAUCAGCAGCAUCAUGGAGAUGCAGCCCAGCACACCCGCACCUGGAAGCUGCAGAGCUACAGCUCUAGCUGGGAUGAGCACGUAUUUGAGCUGGUGCUGCCCAAAGCCUGCAUGGUGGGCCACGUGGACUUCAAGUUCGUCCUGAACGCCAAUAUCGUCAACAUUCCUCAGAUCCAAGUCACUUUAUUGAAAAACAAAGCUCCAGGCCUGGGCAAAGUCAGCGACACGGCAGUGGACAGACAGAUCAGUUUCCCUCUCUCUAACCUUCUCCAUGCCAACGGGGAGAAGAACAGCCAGCCUCUUCUCCAGGACUUCUCAGAAGACAUCCACUUCAUGGAUAUCGAGGAAUCCCCAGGCUCCGUACUGUGUCCGUUCCUUGAGGACCAUAAAGAGGACAUUUUGUGCGGCCCUGUGUGGUUGGCCAGUGGAUUGGAUCUUUCCGGACACUCGGGCAUGCUGAGCCUCACCAGCCCCAAACUGGUCAGAGGAAUGGCGGGAGGGAAGUACCGCUCCUUUCUGGUCCACAUCAAAGCAGUGAGCGACAGCGGCAUGGAGGAGAGCCCGAGGCCCGUGCUCAGGAUGCCCAGCGCCAAGCCUCAGAGCUCCAAGGCUCACACGCUGUCCUCCCUGCUGCAGCAGAGCCAGGCCUCCAAGGAGAGGGCUGCUUCAGGAAAAACCGAGGGUGCAGCCCAGUCCAAGAAGGUGGAGAACCUGCGAGGCUGCGACCUGCUGCAGGAAGUGUCCGUCACAAUCAGGAAGUUCAAGAAGACUUCGCUUCCAAAAGAAAGGGUCCAGCGCUGCGCCAUGCUGCAGUUCCCAGACUUUCAUGAGAAGCUGCUGGACGCACUGUGUCACCAGAUGGAGGGCGGUCCGACCGAUGAACACGCACAGAGCCUCAUUCUCGACAUUCUGUGCUGGCUGGCCGGAGUUUUCUCCAACGGACCCUGCAGUAUUAGGGAAGGGAAGGAGGGUCUCCUGGCCAAAACCAGGGUGAGGUUAACGGACAUCGUGCGCGUCUGUUUCUUUGAGGCGGGCCGCAGCAUAGCACAUAAAUGUGCUCGCUUUCUUGCACUUUGCAUCAGCAACGGGAAAGGAGAGCCAAGCCAGCAGGGAUUUGGCCUGAGCCUCCUGAAGGCCCUACUGGAUAACAUAUCGUAUUUGCCUGCAGCAGCGACCGGCGGCUCGGUGUUCUGGUACUUUGUGUUGCUGAACUACGUGAAGGAGGAAGACCUGGCAGGAUGCAGCACAGCAUGCGCCUCCCUGCUCACCACCAUCUCCAGACAGCUGCAGGACCGCCUCACCCCGCUGGAGGCUCUGCUGCAGACCAGGUACGGCCUGUACAGCUCUCCGUUUGACCCGGUGCUUUUUGACCUGGAGGUCAGCGGCUCCUCCUGUAAGAACGCCUUCAACAGCAGCAUUGGAGUCCAGUCAGAUGAGAUCGACCUCUCCGAGAUCCUCUCAGGGAAUGGAAAGGUGAGCAGUUCAGCUGCAGCAGAGGGGAGCUUCACGGCGUUGACUGGACUCCUGGAGGUGGAGCCUUUGCACUUUACCUGUAUAUCCACCAGCGACGGCACACGGGUGGAGCGAGACGACGCCAGCAUGUUCACUGUGAGUACGUUUGGCGUGACCCCGACAGUGGGCGGCCUGUCGACGGGGACGGUGGGAGAAGCUUCAACAGCUCUGAGCUCUGCAGCUCAGGUGGCCCUGCAGUCGCUGUCCCACGCCAUGGUGUCUGCCGAGCAGCAACUGCAGGUGCUGCAGGAGAAACAGCUGCAGCUGCUGAAGCUGCAGCAACAGAAAGCAAAGCUGGAGGCCAAGCUUCAUCAGACCACGUCUGCAGCUGCCGCCGUGGCCUCUGGAGUCGGACCCAUCCAUAACUCGGUGCCUUCAAACUCGUCCGCUCCGGGCUUCUUCAUCCAUCCCUCAGAUGUCAUCCCACCUACGCCUAAAACCACGCCUCUCUUCAUGACCCCGCCUCUCACCCCGCCCAACGAGGCGGUGUCUGCAGCCUUCAGUGCAGAGCUGGCUCACCUGUUCCCAGGCUCCAUGAUGGAGCAGGGCCCCGUCAACAUGGCUGCACACAAGAACACGCACAAAACCAAACAGAGCCCAAUGGGCAGCGGUUUGGCUCUGGCUAUCUCUCAGGCAUCUCACUUCCUGCAGCCUCCUCCACACCAGUCCAUAAUCAUCGAGCGAAUGCACUCUGGAGCUCGGCGCUUCGUCACCCUGGACUUCGGCCGUCCCGUUCUGCUGACCGAUGCCCUGAUCCCGACCUGUGGGGACCUAGCCUCUCUGUCCAUAGACAUCUGGACGCUAGGCGAGGAGGUGGACGGUCGCAGGCUGGUUGUGGCCUCAGACAUCAGCACCCACUCACUGAUUCUUCACGACCUUCUGCCACCACCGGUCUGUAGGUUCAUGAAGAUCACAGUCAUCGGACGCUACGGCAGCACCAGCGCGCGAGCCAAGAUCCCGUUAGGCUUCUUCUACGGCCACACAUACAUCCUACCCUGGGAGAGCGAGCUGAAACUGAUGCAUGAUCCACUGCGGGGAGAAAGUGAGGCAGCCAGUCAGCCUGACGUGGAUCAACAUCUGACCAUGAUGGUAGCUCUGCAGGAGGACAUCCAGUGCAGGUACAACCUAGCUUGCCAUCGGCUGGAGACCCUUCUUCACAACAUCGACCUUCCGCCUCUGAACAGCGCCAACAACGCUCAGUACUUCCUAAGAAAACCAGACAAGGUGGUGGAAGAGGACCAGCGGGUUUUCUCCGCCUACCAGGACUGCAUCCAGCUGCAGCUGCAGCUUAACCUGGCCCACCACGCCGUCCAGAGGCUGCGGGUGUCGUUGGGGGCCAGCCGGAAGUGUCUGCCCAAAGCUGGGGACCCUCAGGGGCUCGUUCACGUUUCAUCCACCGAGCAGCUCAGGACAAUCAUCCGCUACCUGCUGGACACCCUGCUCAGCCUUCUGCAUUCCAAUAACGGACACUGUGUCCCCUCGGUGCUCCAGAAUACCUUCCACGCCCAAGCCUGUGAGGAGCUGUUUAAACACCUCUGCAUCAGCGGGACGCCCAAAAUCCGCCUCCAUGCCGGCCUGCUGCUGGUGCAGCUAUGUGGGGGCGAACCCUGGUGGGGGCAGUUCCUCUCUAACGUCCUGCAGGAGCUCUACAACUCUGAGCAGCUGCUUAUUUUCCCCCAGGACAGAGUGUUCAUGCUGCUGUCCUGCAUCGGCCAAAGAUCCCUGAGCAACAGCGGCGUGUUGGAGGGGCUCCUGAACCUGUUGGACAGCCUUCUGUCCCCUCUGCAGCGACCGCAGGCUGCCUCUCAGCGCAGGGCUGAAGGUAAAGCAGGUAUCCUAGACAUCCCCAUGAUAAGCUGGGUGGUGAUGCUGGUGUCCAGACUCUUGGACUAUGUUGCCAACAUCGAGGACGAGGCGUCAGCGGCCAAGAAGAACCUGGGUGGGAAGGAGCGGGACCGGCCUGCUACGGUGACUCAGUGGAGCUUUAUUAACAACACUCUGCAGUCCCAGAACUCCAGCCGUGCGGCGAAAGGCAGCAGCAGCCUGGACCGGCUCUAUUCCCGGAAGCUCCGCAAGCAGCUGGUUCAUCACAAGCAGCAGUUGAAUCUAUUGAAAGCAAAACAGAAAGCUUUGUUUGAGCAGAUAGAGAAGGAGAAAAUCCAGAGCAACAAAGGUUCCUCCUACAAACUCCUAGUAGAACAGGCCAAACUCAAACAAGCCACCUCUAAGCACUUUAAAGACCUGAUCCGUCUGAGGCGGACGGCCGAAUGGCCUCGCUCUACUCUGGACGCAGAGUCCACCGCAGCCAAAGACGCCCCUGAGGUGGAGCCGCUGCCCUUCACUCUGUCCCACGAGCGCUGCAUCUCUGUGGUGCAGAAGCUGGCCCUCUUCCUGCUCUCCAUGGACUUCACCUGCCACGCCGACCUGCUGCUGUUCGUCUGCAAGGUUCUGGCCCGAAUAGCCAACGCCACCAGACCCACGAUCCAUCUGUGUGAGGUGGUGUCCGAGCAGCAGCUGGAGCGCCUGCUGCUGCUGCUCGUAGGGACGGACUUCAACCGAGGGGACAUCUCCUGGGGAGGGGCCUGGGCGCAGUACUCGCUCACAUGCAUGCUGCAGGACAUCCUGGCAGGUGAGCUGACGUCUCCAGGCUCUCUGGACGCCAUGGACGAGGCCGUGGGCGAGGAGGCGGGGGCGUCGUGUUCCUCGGCCGUAGCAGACUCGGACGACUCACUGGCCCAGCCCCCACCCAUCCCCCUGGUGGAGACCAUGGAUGACGCUCUGGUUCCAGACAUGAUGGCGGGGGCUCCAGGCGGCUCUGCUGCUUUCCAGAGUGCUCCUCCUCUAUCAUCUUUGGAAAAAGAUAAAGACAUAGACUUUGACUUGCUACAAGACCUGAUGGAUGUUGAUAUUGAUCCUUUAGAUAUUGAUUUGGAAAAAGAUCCGCUCGCCGCCAAAGUCUUUAAGCCUAUCAGCAGUACCUGGUAUGACUACUGGGGCGCUGACUAUGGGACCUACGGGUACAAUCCUUACAUCGGGGGCGUUGGGAUUCCAGUAUCCAAGCCUUCUGCUGCGCCUGAGAAGCCUCCCUCCCAGUGCGUGUCGGUGUCCGUAUCUCAAGCGCUCGACGCCCGGCUCGAAGUAGGCCUGGAGCAGCAGGCCGAGCUGAUGCUGAAGAUGAUGGCGACCCUGCAGGCCGACUCCAUCCUGCAGGCGCUCAGUUCCAGUUCAUCAGCAGUCACCCAGGCCUCCAACGGUACCGAUGACUCCCUGCUCCGAGCGUUCCAUGGCGGCGGCCCGGCGGUCCAGCCCUCAUCCAUUCCCAUUCUGAGUGCCUGCUUCAACAANGCGUUCCAUGGCGGCGGCCCGGCGGUCCAGCCCUCAUCCAUUCCCAUUCUGAGUGCCUGCUUCAACAAGCUGUUCUCCAUGCUGCAGGUCCACCACGUGCAGCUGGAGUCGCUGCUUCAGCUUUGGCUCACCCUUAGCCUCAACACCAGCUCCGCUGGUGGCGAAGACGGCGGCUCCGACGUCUUCCUGUUCAACGCCAGCAGAGUUCCCACCAUUCCUCUAAACCAAGCCUCCAUCAGCAGCUUCAUAUCCGUGCUGGCCUGGUACCCCAGCGCCUCCCUGAGGACCUGGUGCCUGGUGCUCCACUCACUCACGCUGAUGACCAACAUGCCGUCCUCCGCCUCCGGCGGAGCCGCCAACCCUCAGGACAGCACGGCGCAGCAGAUGGUGUCCGACCCCACCCUGGUUCACGUGCUGCUGCGCUUCCUGUCCAGCAGCAGCACCAACGGCACCAGCCAGCACAGCUCCCAGGUGGGGCCCACCGCCACCCAGGCCAUGCACGAGUACCUGAGCCGCCUGCAGGUCCACCUGUCCUCCACCUGUCCCCAGAUGUUCAGCGAGUUCCUGCUGAAGCUCAUCCACAUCCUGUCCACCGAGAGGGGGCCGUUCCAGGCGGGUCAGGGUCCUCUGGACGCCCAGGUCAAGCUGCUAGAGUUCACGCUGGAGCAGAACUUCGAGGUGGUGUCGGUGGCCACCAUCUCCUCCGUCAUGGAGUCCAUCACCUUCCUUGUUCACCACUACAUCACCUGCUCUGACAAGGUGGUGUCCCGCAGCGGCUCGGACAGCUCGGUGGGUGCCAAGGCCUGCUUCGGCGGCCUCUUCGCCAACAUCAUCCGGCCCGGCGACGCCAAGGCCGUCUGUGGAGAAACCACGCGAGACCAGCUCAUGUUCAACCUGCUCAAGCUGGUCAACGCGCUGGUGCAGCUCCCUCUCUCUGGGGACAGGGAGUUCAGCGGACGCCUGCCACCGGCCGGCGGUGGCGCUGCUGACAGCAGCGUGUCGGACGAAGAGAAGGUCUGCGGCAGCAAAGAGAGCACGGCGUCCAGCCAGGGUCCUCCCGCCGGUGUGGCCGACCUGGUGCUGGCCAAUCAGCAGAUAAUGAGCCAGAUCCUGUCGGCGUUGGGCCAGUGCAACAGCAGCGCCAUGGCAAUGAUCAUCGGUGCCAGCGGCCUCCAUCUCACCAAGCACGAGAACUUCCACGGCGGCCUGGAUGCCAUCUCCGUGGGAGAUGGCCUCUUUACCAUCCUCACCACCCUGAGCAAGAGGGCCAGCUCCGUCCAGGUCAUGCUGCAGCCCAUUCUCACCUACAUGGCCUGCGGCUACAUGGGCAGACAGGGGUCUCUGUCCACCUGCCAGCUGUCUGAGCCGCUGCUGUGGUUCAUCCUGCGAGUCCUGGACACCAGCGAAGCUCUCAAGGCCUUCCAUGACAUGGGUGGCGUUCAGUUGAUCUGUAACAACAUGGUGACGAGCACCAGAGCCAUCGUGAACACGGCGCGCAGCAUGGUGUCCACCAUCAUGAAGUUCUUGGACUCUGGUCCUGGAAAAACGGUGGACGGUAACCUGAAGGCCAGGGUGAUGACCUCGGAGCCAGACAACGCUGAGGGACUCCACAACUUCGCUCCCUUAGGCACCAUCACCUCCAGCAGCCCCACAGCCCAGCCGGCAGAGGUCCUCCUCCAGGCGACCCCGCCUCACCGCCGGGCGCGCUCUGCAGCCUGGUCCUACAUCUUCCUUCCAGAGGAGGCGUGGUGUGACCUCACCAUCCACCUCCCUGCUGCUGUGCUGCUCAAAGAGGUCCACAUCCAGCCACACCUGGCUUCCUUAGCCACGUGCCCCUCCUCCGUCUCUGUGGAGAUCAGUGCAGACGGCGUCAACAUGCUGCCCCUCUCCACACCGGUCAUCACCAGCGGCCUGACCUACAUCAAGAUCCAGCUGGUGAAGGCAGAGGUAGCCUCCGCCGUCUGCCUGAGGCUCCACCGGCCUCGGGACGCCAGCACCCUGGGUUUGUCUCAAAUCAAGCUCUUGGGGCUGACGGCGUUCGGUAACACGUCCUCCGCCACAGUCAACAACCCCUUCCUGCCCUCCGAGGACCAAGUCUCAAAGACCAGCAUCGGGUGGCUGCGUCUCCUGCACCACUGCCUGACCCACGUGGGCGAUCUGGAGGCCAUGAUGGCCAGCGCCGCGGCGCCCACAGCCAACCUGCUGCAGACCUGCGCCGCACUGCUCAUGUCUCCUUACUGCGGCAUGCACUCUCCCAACAUCGAGGCUGUCCUGGUGAAAAUAGGCCUGCAGUCCACCAGGAUCGGCCUCAAACUCAUCGACAUCCUGCUGAGAAACUGCGUGGCCUCAGGCACAGAGCCUCCCAAUCUGAACAGUCCGCUGCUGUUUGGGCGGCUGAACGGCCUUUCCUCCGACUCCACCAUCGACAUCCUGUACCAGCUGGGGACCACGCAGGACCCCGGAACCAAAGACCGGAUCCAGGCUCUCCUCCACUGGGUCUACGACUCGGCCAGAGUGGCCGCUCAUAAAAGGAGCGCUCCGUCGGGGUACGCCUCUUCUGGCUCCUCCUCCAGGGAAUAUGGACUGCUCAUGCCGUCCCCCUCCCACCUGCACUGCGUGGCGGCCAUCUUGUGGCACAGCUUCGAGCUGCCUGUGGACUACGACCUUCCCGGCCUGCUCAACAGAGAGCUCUUUGAGCUGCUGUAUAACUGGUCCAUGUCGCUGCCGUGCAACCUGGUGCUGAAGAAGGCGGUGGACAGCCUGCUGUGCUCCAUGUGCCACAUCCAUCCCAGCUACUUCACCCUGCUCAUGUCCUGGAUGAAGAUCGUCUCUGGGCCCACAGCCAGCCACUCUCAGGCCCAGCAGCGCCGCCUGGCCAUGACGGACGACGGAAAAAAGCAGCACGACGCUCACGCCAACGCUGCGGGACUGACGGACGACUCCAAGCACACAAGGCCGCCGGUCAACCUGUCCGAGUCGCAGCUGACCACCCUGGCCGCCGCCUCCCAGUCCCCUGGAGCCAUAGAGCAGCUGCUGGACUCAGGCCUUCCCUCGCUGCUGGUCCGCAGCUUGGUGCAGUUCUGCGUGGGACUGUUGGUCAGCGCCGACCUCCCUCUGCCCGCCGCUCAGGCCGAGAGGCGCCCCCACCAUCACCACUAUCACUCGCCGUGCUCGUCCCCGCAUGGGCGGCCGGCCCUGGCCGCGGAGCUGGCGGCGCCUGUGCUGCGCUUCCUCACCGAGGUCGGCAACAGCCACGCCAUGAAGGACUGGCUGGGCGGGCCCGAGGUCUACCCCCUGUGGACGGCUCUGCUCUUCCUGCUGUGCCACUCCAGCGCCAGCGCCGCCUCCGGUCAGCCUCUGGGCUCCGGGUCGGCUCCGUAUUCAGGGUCUCACUUCUCCCAGCCGUCUUCUGCCCAAUCAGGAGGCCUCACCACGCAGCAGAGGACGGCUCUGGAAAACGCAACCGUGGCCUUCUUCCUCCAGUGCAUCUCCUGUCACCCUAGCAACCAGCGGCUCAUGGCGCAGGUCCUCUGUGAGCUCUUCCAGUCCGCCCCUCAAAGGGCCAACGUUCCCAUCUCCAGAAACAUCUCAGGUUUCAUCCGGAGACUUUUCCUGCAGCUCAUGCUGGAGGAUGAGAAGGUCACCGUCUUCCUCCAGUCUCCUUGUCCGUUGUACAAAGGUCGCAUCAAUGCCACCAGCCACAUGAUCCAACACCCCAUGUAUGGAGCAGGCCACAAGUACCGCACCCUGCAUCUGCCCAUCUCCACCACGCUAGCAGAGGUCCUGGACCGCGUGUCUGACACUCCCAGCAUCACAGCCAAACUGAUCAGCGAGCAGAAGGAGGACAAGGAGAAGAAGAAUCAUGAGGAGAAGGAGAAGAUGAAGGCGGACAACGGCUUCCAGGAUAACUACAGCGUCGUGGUGGCCUCAGGUCUAAAGUCCCAGUCCAAACGAGCGCUGCUGACCCCUCCCCGACCCCCGUCAAGAAGGGGCCGCAUCGUGAGCGACAAGCUGGCUGCUUCGUCCGGUGUGGACCCUUCAGCCAAAACCAUCAGCGUUCCCGUCUUCCAUCUUUACCACAAGCUGCUGCCAGGUCAGCCCCUCCCCCCUGAGAUGACCCUGGCUCAGCUGCUGACUCUCCUGUAUGAGCGCAAGCUGCCGCAGGGCUACCAGUCCAUAAACCUCACCGUCAAACUGGGCUCCAAGGUUAUCUCCGACCCUGGCCUUUCAAAGACCGACUCCUUCAAGAGGCUCCGCACCGAGAAAGUGGACCACUGUGACAUGCUCAGCAGCUGUCCUGAAGACGAACCCAUGAUGGCCGGCGACGAAUGUCUGGACGCUGCGACAGACGAGUCCCUGCUGGAGACCAGCCCCAUCCAGUCACCGCUGCAGGUCUUCGCUGGGAUGGGGGGGCUGGCCCUGAUUGCAGAGAGGCUGCCAAUGCUCUACCCGGAUGUCAUCCAGCAGGUCAGCGCUCCAUUGAUCCCAGCGUCCACCCAGGAGAAACCCAAGGACAGCGACCAGUUUGAGUGGGUGACCAUCGAGCAGUCGGGCGAGCUGGUGUACGAAGCCCCAGAGUCUGUCGCUGCAGAGCCGCCUCCCGUUAACAAGCAGCAGUCUCAGUCGUCCUCCUCUUCAUCCUCAUCCUCUGUUCAGUCCAUGUCCCCCAUCCCCGCCCACUCGCUGGCAGCAUUCGGCUUGUUCCUGCGCCUCCCGGGGUACGCCGAGGUGCUGCUCAAGGAGAGGAAGCACGCACAGUGUCUGCUGCGCCUGGUGCUGGGCGUCACCGACGACGGAGAAGGCAGUCACAUCCUGCAGUCUCCUUCUGCUAACGUCUUGCCCACGCUGCCGUUCCAUGUCCUUCGAGCUCUGUUCAGCAGCACGCCUUUGACCACUGAUGAUGGAGUGCUGCUGCGCCGCAUGGCGCUGGAGAUCGGCGCCAUCCACCUGAUCCUGGCCUGUUUAUCAGCUCUCAGCCACCACGCUCCCCGUAACCCCAACACCAACGGCAGCGCCUCUGAGACGCAGUUGUCCAGUGGUCACAGCGGUGGGACCAGCGAGGAGCAGCAACUCUACUGGGCUAAAGGAACCGGCUUUGGUACUGGAUCUACAGCAUCAGGCUGGGAUGUGGAACAGGCCCUCACCAAGCAGCGACUGGAGGAAGAACAUGUCACCUGUUUACUUCAGGUCUUGGCCAGCUACAUCAACCCAGCGGGUUCCAGCUGCUGUCUGAGCUCCGAGGCCUCAGCAGACAGCAGAUCCCCCAACAGCUCUGCCCUGCCGGCCGUGCUGCACGAGCUGCUGAGCCAGUCCUGCCUCAUCCCUGCCAUGUCCUCCUACUUACGCAAUGACUCGGUUCUGGAUAUGGCCCGCCAUGUUCCGCUGUACAGAGCGCUGCUGGAGCUGCUCAGGGCCAUCUCCACCUACACCGCGCUGGUUCCACUGCUGCUGCCAUUGUCUGGGGACCACGGACGAGACGAGGAGGAAGACGACGAAGAGCAUUCGGAGGGGCAGACUUCUGUCGGCCUGCUGCUGGCCAAGAUGAAGACCUGUGUAGACACGUACACCAACCGCCUCAGGUCAAAAAAGGAUAAGAGCAAAGGUGUGGUGAAACCCGAGGGGUCAGACCCAGAACCUGAGGGUUUGACCCUGCUGGUUCCCGACAUCCAGAGGACGGCGGAGAUCGUCCAUGCAGCAACGACGAGCCUGCGGCAGGCCAAUCAGGAGAGGAAGCUGGUGGAGUCUUCAAAGAAGGCGUCAAGCAGGCCAAAGCCGCUGUCUGUGCUCCGCUCCUUAGAGGAGAAAUACGUCGCUGCCAUGAAGAAACUACAGUUUGACACCUUUGAAAUGGUUUCAGAAGAUGAAGAAGGGAAGCUGAUGUUCAAGGUCAACUACCACUACAUGUCUCAGGUGAAGAACGCCAGCGAUACAAACAGCGCAGCAAGGUCCCGCCGCCUGGCCCAGGAGGCCGUCACCCUGUCCACGUCUCUCCCUCUGUCGUCCUCUUCCAGCGUCUUUGUCCGCUGCGACGAGGAGAGGCUCGACAUCAUGAAGGUUCUGAUCACAGGCCCGUCCGACACCCCGUACGCCAACGGCUGCUUCGAAUUCGACGUGUAUUUUCCCCAGGAUUAUCCCAACUCCCCUCCGCUGGUCAAUCUGGAGACGACGGGGGGACACAGCGUGCGUUUCAAUCCAAACCUCUACAACGAUGGCAAGGUGUGUCUAAGCAUCCUCAACACCUGGCAUGGUAGACCAGAAGAGAAGUGGAACCCACAGACCUCAAGCUUUUUACAGGUGCUAGUUUCUGUGCAGUCCCUCAUCUUAGUGGCUGAGCCCUACUUUAACGAGCCUGGGUACGAGCGUUCCCGCGGGACCCCCAGCGGCACCCAGAGUUCCCGGGAGUAUGACGGCAACAUCAGGCAGGCCACAGUAAAAUGGGCCAUGCUGGAACAGAUCCGCAACCCGUCGCCGUGCUUCAAAGAGGUAAUCCACAAGCAUUUCUACCUGAAGAGGGUGGAGAUCAUGUCUCAGUGCGAGGAGUGGAUCGCUGACAUCCAGCAGUACAGCAAUGACAAGAGGGUGGGCCGCACCAUGUCGCAUCACGCCGCCGCUCUGAAGAGACACACGGCUCAGCUCAGAGAGGAGCUCCUGAAGCUGCCCUGCCCCGACGGCCUGGAGCCCGACGGAGACGAGUUCUCCGAGAAGAGCGCCGCCCUCCUCCUCAAAGACCUGUCCGGCCAGGAUGCAGAGAAGGCCGCCGGCAGUCAGGACGGCCACUGCAGCGAGGGCCAGCUCUGAGCCGUUUCCCAGCACCUUCCCCCCCGAUCCUUAAAGACUUCACGGCUUCAGAGGGCAAAGCCAUCACUGUCAAUAUUUGUAUGUAAAGAUCUAAUUACAGAGCAGUAGUGAAGGAGGGGAGCUAAGCCCUCAUCCAAGAAUUAAGAGAAACUUUUAUCCACCUGUAAAAGACUGUAAACAUUUUGUGCUUUUUUCCAAUUGUGAAAUAACCACUGAUUGGUAUGUUAUUAAACUUGUUUAUGUAUACAUAACUGCAGAGGAAAGAUGACAGAUUAUAUAAGGGAAGCUACCUUCAGAGGUGUACUGAAUGUUAAGCCCUUUUUUUUUUCUUUGAAACGGUGAUGGUUGUAACCCAGGAUAUAUUAUUUAAGAGAAGAAAACACACAUAGGUAACCGAAGCCUCUCCACCUUUGAUUUGACUCGGAUCGCAUCGCUUCAGUAACGUUUUUUAAAUCAUCUGAUCCCUUUUUACAGGCUCCAAAUUAAAAGGCUAAACCAACCUCUGAAUCAAACUGUUCCACCUCUGCUUUCCUUACACGGCAGGCCUCAUUUCAGGGCUCCUGCAUGCGUCUGUGUUCCCUGUGCGUGUGCAGCAAUCCCCCGCAAAGUCAGAUUGAAAGCUUUGAUGUGCCUUUGAUCCACACCGGACCACCAGAAAUGCCGUUUCUAUGGAUUCGUAUGGCUGAAGGAGAGCGUCUCCAUCUGAUUUCCUGUUGACGGCGGCGGGACAUGAGGAGAGAUGCUCUUUCUAUUUGACUCCCUCCUUAUUUUAGUCAUAUCUUCCUUUUCUAGAACAUUAAACGGACC